UCAAAAAAAUAAAAAUAAAAAUAUUCAAUUUGUAUUUGGGUCUCUCAGAUCAUUCGUCGUAAGCAAAUCGAAGAAGCAGCGUAAAUGGAGAAAAUAGCAAGAGCUCGAUCCCUCUACCGUUCGAUCCUUCAUAGAUCCCGAGGCCAUGUCGCCACUUCCGUCAACAACCAACUCGUCGCCGCCGGUCACCGGAAUCUUCAUCUCUCCACCGUUUCUAAACGCCUCUCUCCUGAUUUCAGGUCCCCGUUUUUGAUCAAAAUGAACAUUGGAAGCACACGUUCUUUUAGCGAGGAUGUAACUCAUAUGCCUACCAUAAAAGACCCUGAGGUAAUGAUCGCCAUUAAGGAUUUAUUAGCAGCAGAUUGGAGUGACAUCCCAAGUGCUGUAGUCUCUGAAGCAAAGAAAGCAUUGAUUAAGAGCUCAGAGGAUAAGUCUGGUCAGGAGACCUUAAAAAGUGUUCUUCUUGCAGCCGACGCAGUUGAGGAGUUUACAGGCAAACUUGUAUCCUUGAGGAUGGAAAUUGAUGACUCUGUUGGAUUGAGUGGAGAGGAUGUCAAACCUCUACCAGAUAUAUUUGCCAAGGCAUUAUUGACUGCUUUUCAGCGUUACAAUGCAUAUUUGGAUGCCUUUGGACCUGAUGAGACCUUUAUCCGGAAGAAAGUGGAGAAUGAGCUUGGAACGAGGAUGAUUCACUUAAAAAUGAGAUGUGGUGGUCUCAGUUCUGAAUGGGGAAAGAUCACAGUCCUUGGGACUUCAGGGCUUUCUGGUUCGUAUGUUGAGCACAGAGCAUAACUUUGCUGGACAAGUGGAAUGUCUUGGGACCUGAUGAUUGUUCUCAUAAGAAAUUCUCGGCGUUGGUUUAUAGUUUAGGCGUCACAAGGAUAUCACAGCUAUCCUGUCUGUUAAAAGCGAGCGAUUUUAUAUUUUUGAUGAUGUUCAGUUUAAAGUUCAUAGACACGAUUUUCUGUUUCUUUCGUUAUACUCAUCGGUAUGAAGCAUUUGCUGGGAAUAAUAGCUGCUUAAAAUGUUUUUGGAGAUGGAUUGGCAAUAAAAUGUUUUUUAAAGGUAGA